AUGACGACCAACCAAAUGGUUCAGUCCCUCUCGGCUCUGGAAAAGGGAACUGGCAAAUCAAAACAAGUCCGCAGAUCUCGAUACGUCAUGGAUCCUCCUGGAAUUCACGUAUACUCUUACAAUUGCAACGAAUGGCUCUACAAGAAGGCCGACUGUCCAUUCCCUACUAUGGCCAGAGGACUCUUUGUUCGCAACUUGAAUGAAGGGCCUGCAUCUGACAAGGAUAAAAAGCGUACUGAUGACGAUGAUCGCAACGGAAACUGGGAAAUUGUCAUUCGUGGCUAUGAUAAGUUCUUUAAUGUCAAUGAGGUCCAAGCUACUACAUGGUCGUGGUUGCAAGCCAACACAACUGCCCCAUAUGAAGUCACUACAAAGGAAAAUGGUUGUAUCAUAUUCAUGUCUGCUGUCAAAGGUCAUCUACUCGUCACCUCAAAACACGCUACAGGUCCUGCUCGUAGUGCCGACGCCAAGUCACACGCUCAAGUCGGUGAAGAAUGGAUGGAUCGUCAUCUAGCCAGUGUUGGAAAAUCUCGAGCUGAAUUGGCUGCCUUCUUUGAACAACACCACGUCACUGCUGUAUUUGAAUUGGGUGAUGACGACUUUGAAGAACAUAUACUAGAAUAUCCACCUGAACGUCGAGGUCUCUUCUUACAUGGCAUCAAUCAAAACACUCCAGAAUUUGCAUCUUGGCCAUCAGCUGAACUGGUACCAUUCGCUGAAAAGUUUGGCUUCUUGAGCGUCAAGACUCUACUCAUGGAUAAUAUACAACAAGUAAAAGAGUUUACAGAUGCUUUGAGAGCAAGUGGAUCCUAUGAUGGUAGAGCCAUCGAAGGAUUUGUAGUACGAUCACACCUCAAAUUAAACCCUACUCGAGCCCACUUCUUUAAAGUCAAGUACGACGAACCAUACUUGAUGUUUAGAGAAUGGCGAGAAGGAACCAAAUCCAUACUCAGAGAAAAGGGAAACCACUUUGUCCCUAAAUAUACCUUGUCCAAACAGUAUUUCGCUUGGGUCGAACGCAAAAGGCGUCAGGAUCCAGGCAUGUUUGCUGGCUACACAGAUAAUAAAGGUAUCAUAAAUGUCAGAAACGCCUUCUUGACUGAAUAUCAUCUGCCUGGUGUCGGUGCUGGUAUCGUCUCUGAAGCCUCCAACACAACAGAAGAAUAUAAGAGAGGUGAAAAUACGUACAAGGGUGAAGAAGAAGGUGCUGCUGGUUUGGUCGAUGGCUUCGAGGCUUCAGGCUUAAGAGCUGCUCCAAGUGGCUCGGAUGUUGAUAUGGUUGGAGCAGGUCGUCGCCCUGGUGGCUAUGGAUCUGACAAGACUCUUCUCGUUCCCAUUGCUACCAUUGGUGCUGGAAAGACUACACUAGGUCUCAUCAUGGGUCAAUUGUAUGGUAUUAGCCACGUACAGAACGACAAUAUCACAGCCAAAAAGAAUGGUGCCGCCGUCUUUGUGUCUACUGUCAUGAAGGAAUUCGAUAAUCAUCUAGUUGUUUACGCCGAUAAAAACAAUCACCUCCAUGAACAUCGCAAAGGUAUAACAGAAGCCUUUCGAUACCGAUAUCCAGGUGGUCGUAUCAUAGCUCUAGACUGGAAGAUAGCUCCAGAAAAUGCAGAUGAUGUCGCCAAAGUUGCUAUUGCUCGCGUAGAUGCUCGUGGUGAGAACCAUCAAUCUCUCACACCGAAAAAGACAUCCAGAUACAAAGCCGUAAUCCAUAAUUUUACUCGAAACCGUGAUCCUCUCGAUGUUGACCAUCCAGAUGAUGCUGCAAUAGACGAUAUCGUUGAUAUGAAGAUGGAAGAUGAUAUUCGGGUCAACUUGAUCAAAGUAUGUGGUGUCAUGGGAUGGGAACCACCAACAGAGGAAGCAUAUCAAACAGCUCUAGAUGUCGCCUUACAAACUCCAAUCACUGUCCAUAAGGUCGUAUCAAACUCAGCCUCAUCAUCAAAAGCAUCACCCAAACCAUCCAAAAAUAACAGUAAAGAUAAUAAACCUAAGUACUACGGUAUACGUCUCGAUGGAUUUGAUGUCAAGGAAUUCUUGAAUCCUCUCUUCGAAGCACAUCCUGACGAAGCAUCCUUUUAUAAUCACCUCGUCUCCCAGAACAGAAUCAAAACAACUCCACUACACGUUACAUUGGCCAUGACAAAGCUAGGUGCUCCAGACACUUUUGAUGAACGACAUGAUCGUGCAGGUGCCCUUGCAGCUAAUAUCAUUGCUCGUGGUGCUCAACAUGUCCAGGUGACAAUCUCGAGUGUCGUAUGGGAUGAAACCAAAACUAUGGCUUUGAGGGUAACUGAUUUGCCAGUUGAGAGUGUAAAUGUACAUCCUCAUGCUACUGUUGGUACUCGUGAUGAUGGUGUCAAGCCUAUGGUCAGCAAUGAAGUACUCGCAGAAGCGUUUACACCUGAGGGGAUCCGUACAGGACGUGGAAACACUCAUGUAUUGUACUUUGAUCCGCCUUUUGUUGUUGAUGGUGUAGUGGCUGAAUUUACAUAUUAG